UAUUUUGUAUAUAGAUAAAACCUGGCACAAAGUAACAAACUGCUGUUUACCCUUUCGAAGGACACGAUUUAGUGAUUGCUAGAUAAAUCUAGCUAGUGGAGUUUAGUUUUUUUUUUAUUGUUGUCGAAGAAAACUACAGCCAAAAUGGGUAUGCACUGGGGAAACAUGGCCACCAACAUACGUGGUAUUAUUACAUACAGUUUAUCACCAUAUGAACAGAAAGCUUUUGCUGGGGCUAUUUCUAAAGGAGUCCCCAAUAUGUUUAGGCGUUUCAGAGGUCAAGUUUUUAGAGUUGCCCCACCCUUCAUUGCUGCCUAUUUAAUCUAUGACUGGGCACAGAAGGAACAUGUAAGGUUGCAGCGCAAAGAUCCAAAGGAAUUCUGCAAUGAUCAAUAAGCAUGAAGUGUUUUCCGGACUAAUUUUGUAUUAUACAUUUAGAAUACUUGGUGUUUGAAUGACAUUAAAACAAUUUAAGUUAUGCACAA